CAGUAUAGUAGUCUAUCUGUGCAGCACGGGAGAAAGUUAGAUGGUGUGUUCAAGGACCGUUGAACAAAGUGGGACAAGUCGCACCUCGCAUUAGACAAGCAAAACCUGUGGCAUUUCUAACUGUAUGUUAAUUUUUUAAAUUAAAUAAUGACCCAUAUUUCCAAAAUUAGUAUCUUUUACAUAAAAUUUGAUGGAGUUAUUUACAAAUAAUUAAUUUUUUAAAGUUUUUAAGUGUGUGGGGUUUUUUUUAAUCAUUGCGCCUGAACGUUUCCCGCGGCCGGUGGUUGAGGACCCCUGCCUUACAGCGUGCUUGGGGAUAUGAUGUGCUCUUUUACACAUUUGAAAAUACAGUAAGAUUGCCACUUUUAUACAAUUGGAAAUUAUUUCCAUUAAUUGCCAUAACAUAUAAUUCAUUUUUAAUCGAAGUUUGCGCUGUUUAGUGUCCUCCUUAUUGAGUUGUUUGGCUCUGCAGCCUUAACUGGAGACUCUAAAUUGCCCAUAGGUGUGAAUGUGAGUGUGAAUGGUUGCUUGUCUAAAUGUGCUCUGCGAUUGGCUGGCGUCCAGUCCAGAGUCUACCCCACCUCUAGCCCGAAGACACCCACAACCCUACUGAGGACAAGCGGCAUAUAAAAUGGAUGGAUGGUUCUGCAGCCUGUCACUACCGGAUCAACUACCCAUUUGCGCAUGCUUGGACCAACUGCCCGAAAUGCGUUGCCAGAUAUGUUUUAGGGAUUUUGAGUCAUUCUGCGCUGCAGUUGGGUUAAUUGCGUUAAAAUUUUAAAUCAGAUUAAUAAUGUUACUGGUUGAAUCUGCAUGAAGGUGCCAUUUUUUUUUAUUAUGUGAGAGGCUGUAAAAAAAGUUAUUAAUUAUUAGUAUACACAUUUUAGUAUUUUCUCUUUAAACUUUGCCCUAUUUUUCCAAUUUUUGCUGUUUUAUUUAUGUAAUUUUAUGUUUACAAUGUGAUGAGGGCCAAUAAAAAAAAAGAGGCAAAAAAAACCCCACAGGCAAAUACACACACACACACACACCUACACACACACACACACACACACAGAGUCUCCUAAGAAUUAGCCUCAUUGUUUCCCCAAAGUGCCCAAAGAUGUUACGUGCACAUCUCUUCCCCAUGCACAAAACCUGCAUAUUACUCACUUGAUACGUAUCUGGUAGCUAGCUAAUUUGGAACAGAACAGCCCAAAAGCGUUUAGCAUGUUUUGUGGUGUGACUUGGCAGAGUGGCAUGUCCGGGAAAGCUACGGGUUAAUUUAAGACUGGAAGCAAAAGCUGUUGCCAAUUAGGAGCAGUGAACGCCACAUGUGGGCUAUGCAGAAGGAGCAAAAGGGGGCAGAGACCAGCGAGUGCACUGGAGCUCGACAACUUCAGUUGCUCCUUACGUGGAUGGACAGUCAACAACUGAAGGGACUCUGAAGAUAAGCAAGAUAAAACAGACCUGAAGGAUUAAGACACACAAAAGCACCUUUUCAUCAUCUCAACAUGGCAUGUAUUUCUGCAAUGUUUAUUUUCAGUGUCAGUUUUUUACUGAGCAGGACUGAGAGUGCUUCCGAAAUGUGCCGGGGCUCUCGGUGUCUCACUAACCAGGAUAGGAGCACGGCGUGCGUGGGAGCACACUGCACAGACACUGCAGCACCCAGACGACAGUUUCACCUUGGACAAAUGCACCCCAGCUACCAACAGGACUCUCGUGCAUACGCUCACCACCAAGCCAAGGCAGCACCUUUGACCCCUUACACCAACAUCCAACCUCAGCAAGGAGGCUUUGUCCAGCGAACCAGUAGCGAUGGCACCAGGAGGACCAAUCCGAGAACCAUCACCGCUGAGGUGUUUCAUCCUGGCUGUGCAGGCGGGACCUGUCCGACGACUGGCGCACAUCGCCCCACGCCUGGCAACGGGGAUGCAUCACAGGACUGCAAAGGGAAUAACUGUAAACUGCGUCAAGCUAAACCUUGUAUUGGCUGCAACACGCAGAAAGGGGAAGAUGGGAACUCUUCUCCGAUUCAUAUAAGAGACAGAGCGGCACAAUUUGUGGAGGAGAGGUCAGAACGUGGUCACUGGAUACAGUUGACGUGUGACAUGAAAGCAGGUACAAAUGACGUUCCCUCUGAAGAUGCUGUCGUUUUGCAGCUGCAGCUGUCCAAGGACCAAGAGAAGCUUGUGGAAGCUAUGAAGGGUCAGCAGGAAGAGGUCAAAGAGCUGCACAGACGCCUCAGCGAGCAACAGGGGGCGCUAGUCUACCAGCAGAUAGAAAUACUGGAGCAACAGAGGAAGAUGCAUGACUACAUGGAGCAAGUAAAGGUACAAUACAAUGUACUAUUGGACACCAUCAAGCAAAUGUCAAUGCAGAACCUUCAGGAGGAGCUGGAUACUCGCACUGACGCCCCGAGUGAGCCGAGUGGACCUCACCGAGCCCAGCAGGCCCUCUCUUUGCACAAGGUGGACAUGGAGGCCAGUGUCAUGGAGGUGGGCCAUUUCCUUGUGGCUUGUGGAAGCUGUGGUCCUGAAGAGUACUGUGGCUUCAGCAGUGGUCAUCCUCGCUGUGAGAAGUGCACCGUGUGUCCUUCUGGAUUCUUUCUGGUUGCCCAGUGUUCAGUGCACGCAGACAGAAUCUGCCAGGACAGAGAUGAAUGCCUUGAAAUAACUGACCUUUGUGAAGAUCAACUUAAAUGUCUAAACACACCAGGUGGAUUUAGGUGUCAAGGGAUGACAGAGCGAGAUGCCAGGGCCGGCAUGUGUGGGCACGGCUACUUCUACAACUUGGACAUGGAUGAGUGUCAGGCCUGUGCCGAGUGUGAUGGAGAAGCUGUGCCAUCACCGUGUACUUUUGUAUCAGACACCAUCUGUGCUGGACCUUCUGCCGGUGACAGCGUUCUCUCUCUGUCCUGGGCCGGACAUGUGAGUCUGCCCGGUGCCAAAGGCCGCAUGAUGAAUCUUGCCUCGCCAGGAGUGCCGCUGCACAUCCGAGGAGCGGGCGACGGAAGUCUGGUGUCGGCCGAGGAGGGACGCCUGCUGCUGAGGAAGCACGGACUGGUCUGGCUGGAGGAAAACCUCUCUGUAAGCCACGGCUGCCGCAGCUUCGUGCAAUUGUCUUUGCAUCUGAACGGUACAGAUGUCUCUGAAGGUCGUCACCUAAGCGGAAUCAGAAUUGAGCAACAAGAAAUAAGGUUACUCCAGGGUGUCAGCAUGAGCGGGGUAGCAGAGGUCGCCCCUGGUUACAUGAUCUCCACUUCCCUUUGGAGUGCCAACCAACAUUGCAACCAAAGUAAUGAAGGUCUGCAGCUGCAUGACCCCUCAGCUGCUUCUCUUAGCCUCAUGUGGCUCUCUCACGACACUGGUGCUGUCGCCAUGACGGCACAGGCGAUGCUGUCUGCACAUUACCACACAAACCAUCGCGCGAUCUUUAGCACCACCUCCACUUCGGACCCUUACGUAGUCGGGUUGACUCAUGACGGUCGUGGUGUACGGUUUGCAGAAAGCGGGACCGUGCGCUUUGUGUAUCAGCAGGCGUUGUACUCCAUGGGUCAGGCAUGCGUGAGUGAAGGCUUCCAAAUGUUGGCGUACCUCAACCGUAACGGUACCGGCAUGGAGCUGUGCCGGAGCUUCAAACCAGGUGUCCACUACCGCGACACAUCCAUAUCUCUCUCUGGAGCGACUGAAGUUGGUUCUGGAGACACGCUGGCCUAUGAGAUUCUGUCUCCUGCUCAGUGCAACGUACGUUUCUUUAGUGACGCCACAGGCAUCAGUCUCCUCAGCUUGGUUUGGGUUCCUGCUGCUAUCUCCUCUUCUAUCCAUGCCUCUGUGGCUCAAACGGGACUUCCCUCAGGAGCCGUACGAAACAAGCCUCUCUUCUUUCGCCAGACCAGUCCCCAGGUGCACCAAAUGGGGCUGCCAGGAAAGGGGUCCACAGAUCCGAGCCGAGAUUUUGUCUUCAGGGAGAGCGGCACUGCCAGUGUUGCUCUAGACAUCAAACUGAUUCACUCGUGCAGCCUGGUAAAGGUGACUCUGCUCAGGCUUAAUGACCCAGAGGGGAGAGCACGAUCCGUCCCCCUUUCCCAGCAAGUGGGUGGACAGAUGCCUGAUGGUAGCCAAUGGGCCAGUGUGAGCCUGCGAACGUCCUUCCAGGUACAAAACGGCACCACAGUGUUCUUCACACUGGACUGUGUACGAGGAAGAGUCAACCAAGUCAGCCACCACACAGGAAGUGGAGUGUCAGUCCUCUGGGUGGCAGCAUAACAUCAGAACUGCUUGAACAAAUGGAUUCCAUUCCAGCGACCAGAGGAAAUUUAAAGAACCGACUCAUUACUGAAUUACACAGCUUUUGGGCAAAAAUACUGGGACACCUGGCCAUUAAAUCGAUGGGAAGUAAAAUUGGAAGAAUUGCUCCCCUGUGCAGCUACAACAUCUUUCACAACACCAGGACUUUCUAUAAAAUCUUUGUGCAUGUCUGUGGGAAUUUUUGUCCACUCGUCCAGAAGAACAUUUGUGAGCCUGAGAGAGGACUUGUUGUCUCACAGUCUUAACUCCUUCCACACCGUACUCGUCCAAUACAACAGAAGACGACCAUCCCAAAAUUGAUUGGCCAAAGUUGGAAUUGAUCAAAAGACAAAGAACUGACUGAUUUACUUGGGGGGUAAGUCCGAAGACCUUCGCCCAUAUGUUUAUUCCUAUACUUAAUAUAGCUUACAAAAGUACACCCCUCACAUUUCAGCAGCCAUUUCAUUAUAACUUCUAUUGGGACAUUACUACAGAUAAAAAUCUUAGAUUUAACCUUGAGUAGUCAGAGCUAGAUGAUCUGUCUUCUGAAAAUAAGUACUCACACAACCAUUAUUGUCUAAAUAGCUGGCAACACAAGGGAGUACGAGUCACAGUGCCACAGCCAGCUAGUGUGGCUGUGCGAUGAUGAUAGUAUGUUAUUUAAUCCUCACUCCCUGAUGCCUUAAGAGCUGCGCUGGACAACGGUUUGACAAGCCAGGGUUUUUGGCUCACUAGUCCAGCGCUGACUGACUUAUCUCUCAAUCAGUGGGGAUGUGUGGAUGCGGGAUUGAGCUCAGGCAGGGUGCAGGGACUGGUUCUUGUUACACAAACUGUGCCCAAAGCAUCAGUAUUUAGUUUUGUGGAUUAGAUUGCAGAUAUAGAAGACAAUAUGGGACUCCAGCUUUGUACUUUUUUUAACUAAGUACUUUUUUGCCCAGUAAUAAAGAAAUUCAAGUGCUCAUGACACCAAAACACCGUAAGUGAAAAUUAACAUUCAAAGGCAUACUUCCUGUGUUUGAUGUGUGCUCGAAUAUUGAAAUAUUUGUCAUGUUUAAAUAUUUUUGUCACUUUUUCUGGGUCUGGAGGAGGCGGAGCAAGUGACAUCUACACAGGACCGUCCCACUCAGAAGUUCCCGUUCACUACAAUGCAUUCCCUGUUAUUAUGUGUCAGUCUUCUGUGAAUUUUUGUUUUGUGUUAUAUAUUUUUUUAUAUUAUGCCGCUCGUUGCGUUGAAGGCUUUUGCUGGAACACUCGAGGAGACGGAGUAAGUUUGUUUACAUUUCUAAAAGACACCACUGGCCUCGUCAGAUGAUUGGCGAACUUUGUGGGACAAAUGUGGAAAUAAAAAGUCCAAAAGACCGAGAACAGACAUUUGAGCUUGAAAGGCAAGUUAUAGUAAUAACAAUAAACUGGAGAACAUGAUAAAUAGGUGUCUGUUAACAUGAAUAGGUUGUAUGUUAACGUGACAUAUUAACAGUUAUUCGGACAACUAUAUCCUAAACAACACAAGUAGUUUACUUGUACUGUAGCUUCUAAUCUGCAGAAUGUGAUUUCUUUUUGGGGGCAUUUGCGUUCCGUCUUUUUCAGUUGACUUUAUACUGUAAGCUGAUGUUUACCUUGUACAGUAUAAGUCGCGGGACCAGCCAAAGCAUGAAAAAAAGUGCGACUUAUAGUCCGGAAAAUAUGGUACUUUUAUUUUGUUACUGUUUUUAUAAAACUUUUUUUGCUGUCUUGAGCACUUUAGUAAGGUGGAUCAAUGACAAAUUUAAAAUAUUAUUUUUUUAUGAAAUGCAAAAGAAUGCAACAAUACCAAAAAAGUGACUGCCCGUUUCACUUUCAGUUUUGCUUGAGGAAUUUAUGACGGCAAACUCGGCUAUAAAAUGUCAUAAAAUCUCAACCUAACAUUCUUCCACAUUUGUGUAUAAACAUAACAUACACUUAUAAUGACUUUCUUUCUUCUUCCUUUUCGGCUUCCUUUAAACUGAUUCAUGUUUGUUUCUACCCUUUUUAUAGCCAGCAAGACAGAUCACCUUCUGCAUCUGUUAUCCAUCCGAUAUUUCACUGCACUGCAGCAUUACAAGUAUAUAUUACUGUAUCCGCAAAUGUAGCAUGAUUCACCAGUCACUAUAUGUGUAGCCUAGCAUUGUGUGGUACUA